CGUGCUUUCUUUGGCUGUUUUGCUUUCCUUGUAAAAAUGGCCGGAACGAGAGGGCAAAGCAAAAAUAUUAGGCUUUCUAAGAAUCUAUCUCAGAUGAAGUUCAUGCAACGUCGGGUGAAGAAAGAUGCAGAAGAAGAACAGGAACUAGAAAAGCAGCGACAAAUUGAUGAUACUCACUGGGUUUUGGAUCUGCCAGACUUGAUUUCAAGAGGGAAUAGAUAUGAGACUGUAGAUAGCAUGGCUGAUUGUGAAGAGUUGGUCUUUGGUAGAAUGUCAUUCAAUGGCAUGAACCCAGCAAUAGAGAAAGUGAUGAGGGUCAUGAAUGGAGAAGAAGUAGAAGAUGAGGAAGAAGUAGAAGAGCAAGCUGAAGGUGUCACAGAAGAAGAAAUGGCUGACAGGUAUUCCUCAUUGGUAGGAACGAUAGGAAAGAAAUUCAACAAGAAGAGGAUACACUCACAGACCGAUGCUGAUGCUCCCAGGAAGAAACAUAAAAAGAAGUUCCUCAAGCCUCCAGAUGAAUGAAUUCCAUAUGUAUGUAUUCCCAAUGAGCCUUUCUGUGAUAUAAGUGGGAAAGGAGAAAGUAUUAGCGUAAGGAGUGCAAGAGAAUAGAAUUGAGUGUCAGUGAUCAAAGUGGGAACAAGUCAUAUUGUCACUUGGCUGGCAGAAAGGCUGAGGAUGCGCAACAAUUUUCAAUUCUCGUGUGACAGGCAUAAGGGCAUUAGCUUAAUCAUGGUCUACAUGAAAUGUACAGUGAGUGGUACAGUUAGUGUCCUUCUGCUUGUCCAACAGGAAUGGGAAUUGAUAUACACAUAAAUCUGAAUACCCUCCAACCAGCCUGGCAACAAUGAUUUUCAUUGAAAGUCACUGAUAGAUCCUUUAUGGACUGCUCCUGAGUUAACUGCACUUUCAUUAUUAAUGUCCACUAUUUCAACUCGAUAUUAAGACAUUGCUGUAUUUAUUGAACUUUAAUUUAUGAAUCUAUUCUCAAAUUGUUUGAAAAGCAAUGUGAUCUGCAAAAUCAAAGCACCUUGUCAUUGGUAGAUCUGGGAAGUGAUUUUUGAAACAAGUAAUAAGUGAUUUUUCACUGACUACUAUUUUUUAGGCAAUGGGAUGCAAGGAUUUGUAGUAGCCUGUAACCAUAGUCCAUGAAAAUCACUAUUUGUUUCAUGAAAGCUCCCCUUAUUCACUUUAUAAUUGUUAACAUAGGAAUGAGCAUUCUGUGGCUUCACCACUUUUCACCUCUGGAUCAUUCAAAACGUGUAAUUAAUCAGUCAGUGUAAAAGACUGAUCUGAUAUUUUCUACUACUAAUAAACACAACACCCUUCCCAUUUUUUCUGGGGGGUGGAAAGUUUUAAAACUUUCAAUAUUAUGUGACAAUGUGAUAUCUACACAAUAUUGGCUGUUUGCAAUUAGCUGUAAUUGACCCACUUUUUUCUCUCUUAAUGUAUUAUCAAAGUACAAUAUUCCGACACUUAACACAAUGACAAUGCUGCCCCAAACCUUAAACCAUUUCGAAAGUAAGCUUCCCAUCGUAUGGUCUAAUCAAAUAUUAUUUUGCAAGCUGUAUGUGCAAUUUUCAUGGGAGUUGCAAACACUUUGUGAAAUAAAAGUUUUCUUCAGAGUCUGCCAUGGCAAAUGAGUCCUAAAAGCCAUUCUGCAUGUAUUUCUCAAUGAAUUUUGUGUAGUGAGUAAAUUUUGAAUGUACAAUUGAUAAACUGCAGCCAGUCGUUAUACAUGGAUACAUGUACGCCAUCAACAUGUGAACAAUGUGAAUGUUCCAAGGUUCACAUGCUAACUUUUCAUGCGAACUUUGCCCAAGUUUUGCAGCUUAUGCAAGACAUUCGCAAAACCUCUGUGAUCCGACUAUGGAUUUACAGAGACUUUGGAAGUACACACUUUCUCCAUAGACCCCAGUUUGCAAAUAUGCACACAUGGUCUUUCGUGGUAAAACUUUUUUCAAUAUAGAGUAUCUUCUGAGAUUUACCUGAAUUAUCAGUGAAUAUGAAUUACAUUAUUAUCCAUAUCUCAAGAACCAUAGUGGAAAACUAUUAUACAAAUUUAACUCUUUGCACGCUGAAUUAAUUUUUGGGGGAUGAUAAUGACAAUUGUUUCCUCGUUAAUUUUCAAGAUUUCCAUAUUGCACCACUGAUACUUAUUAUUAUAUAGAUGUUAUCCAAGAACUAUUGCCUUAUUAGAUCAAUAUGAAGGAAAGGGGAAAACUAAUUAUUAUGAUUGUUGAAUUUAAUUGUAUGAAUGUACAAGAUUGUAAAUCAGCGUGCAAAGGGUUAAGUGGACCCCACCCACAGGAUGGGGUCCACAUUAGCACAAUAGAUACAGUAGAUAAUCCCCUUUAUAAUAUAUACACAUGUAGCUCCAUAGCUAGGUUAACACCUUUGACACAACCAU